CGCCAGCGAAGAUAUAAUCUUGGGGAUGGAUUUUCUCCAACGGAGCAGGACUAAAAUACUUUGUGCUGGGUUAAGCUGUGUCAUACCGUGUACCGAAGAAACAGAGAAAACAAUCGAAAAGCAUCUACACCUGACGGUAACCACGCACCAACCACCGGAAUCCGAGAAAGACGACGGCACAAACACGAUAAACCCGGGAUUGCAAGAAACUACCUUGUCACCCACGAUUUAACCAUGAAAACCAAGGCAGCACAAAAGCAGGGUGGUGAUUGGCCAAUCACCAAAGUUUGCGAGGUCCGCUUGAACCGCUUAACACCCCAGGACAUUCUCCAAAUAAUGAGAGAAUUAAAGGCACAGCCAUACCCGAGGCCAAACGAAGUAUCCCGAGCCCUCGAGAUUUUACGCAGCCGAGGGAUCACCGCCGAGCUCGCUGCACCGGAGGUGGUGUAUAUUUCCUCGGAUGACGAGCAGAAUACCCCGCCAAGGCCAGUGAGAGAGAGGAGCUCCAGACCAAGCACCCCGUCCCCUGUGGUUUCGCCACAGUCUGAACAAGGAAGUCGGUGUGCAACAACACCCCAUGACGAUUGGGGUUGGUUGCUGGCGAGCCCGGUUCCUGCUAAACCAAAUGGGCUCCCUAUAACCCCCGGCCGCGGCAUGCAGGCUAACUCACCUAGCGGGCCCUCGUUUGGAAGUACAAUCGUCGGAAGUCCAGGGAGUGAUGUUGCCUACCUCCAGCAAAUAUUGGAAGUGGACCCAAAACCGGAAUACCCCAGACCGUUGGCUGUUCCGGAAGCAAUGGUAGGCACGAAAGAUAAACCGAAGUUGAAGAGUGUGGUGGUCGUACCAAAGGCAGCAGAGAAGAGGGUGGAGUUCGUCUGCGCAAGAGCGCUAUCUCCGGAUACGGACAGAGAACUUCAGCCGCACUUGGAAGCAGCCUUAGCGCUACAUCGACCAGGCAACCAGUAUAAGAGAGUCGUGGAAGUUCGCGGAAAGAGGUUGCGGAUAUUGGUUGGCAGGAAGGGCAAUGUGACGGUCAUUCCUCGCGGUCAAGAGGACCCCACCCCAGGGAAGGGGGAAGUGUGACGAC